ACCUAUCCUUUUUAUUUACUUUUCUUUCCACAGUCGUUUGAUCUUCCUUGAUGGUUUCUACAAUGCUCUCAACAACAAACCAACUUCUUCUCAAACCCUUUUUCAUCAGUAUCNGGCUUUAACGUUUGAUGUCACUGAUGAGUAAGUGCUGCAUUAUUCAUCACCAUCAUGCAUAAUCUUUCUUUCUGGAAAACCCUUUUACCUUUUCCUUUUUUACCGUUUUAGGUGUGUUCCUGGUUUUGCUUUCAAGAAUCAACUUCCCUACAUACAACUCAAACUCUCGGAUCUCCUACCACUCACAUCCACCCAAAUUCAAGCACAAUUCUUUCAAGAAGCAGGGAUUGAGAUGGCUGUCUUCAUGGGAUGCAAAGCAGGAGAAAUCGAACUUGGCUUCUCCAACAUUCCUCAAGAUGACAUUGAGACAGCACUUCAAAAUUUAUUUCCAGAAGAUUUCUAUAUGCGUUUCCAAUCAAUUGAUCAGAAUCCAUAUUCAUCGUCAUCUUCCUCUUUCAUAAUAUCAUCUACAAAUACCUUUAAUCAAUCACUCAAUAUUCCGGGAACUUCCCACUCCAACUUCCCGGAAGCCCUCGGUGUGGCUCCCACACAACCCACUUCUCACCAACACAAUAUCCAACCAUUGUCUCAAGUCAUUCCAUUUCCAAGCCAUUUACCCACACCAGAGGGUGAACAUGAAGAAAUAGUAAGAGCAUUAAUCCGGGUCCUGUCUUCAACUUCUCAGCAGCAGCAACUCCAUCAAGUUUUGCCUCAUACUUCUGUAACACACCCCGGAGCUUCCGAUUUCGUGAGAUAUAUACCAGAUAUGACAAACCCAAAUAUACAACCCCACACAGAAACCAAUUUUCGCAGGCAAAACCUGAAUAAUACAUCAUUAAUGAGAGAACGCAAUAGUACUGUUCAAGCAACUGAUCACAUCAGCACCCUGCAGCAUCAUUUUCGUAUGAUAUCGGAGAGAAGAAGGCGUGAAAAACUCAAAGUGAGUUUUGAGGCACUUAGAGCACUCCUUCCUGCGGAAACUAAGAAAAGUAAAGCGAUGAUCCUGACAACCGCAAAGGAGAGAAUAAUAUCUUUGAUGGCUGACAUUGAAAAGCUUAACAUGAGAAAGCAGCAGCUUAUGAAAGAUUUGUCAGGUAAUGAAAGCUUGAAUGUUCGAGUUUGGCAUGUACCAGAAUCAAGUUCGUCAGAAGAGAAAAUGGUGGACUUAGAAGUGACAGUGAGAGAACAAAGCUGCCAAGUUAAUGUAUCGAUUCGCAUAUUCAAAUUCUUAGAAAGGAUUCAGAACUUAGGCUUGAUUUCCACGAAAACAAACCUCCAUACUACAGAAGGAGGGACAACCAUUAAUGUAUUAACCUUCAGGCUCGGGAUUAUUGAGGUAUGCAUACAAAAUUAG